CAAUUUGUUUAUACUUAAUAGAGCUCGAUUGCAUAAGGAGAAAAUGAAUUACCUAAGUUAUUCAAACUUUCUUUUGACAUACUUAAUUAUUGUAAUAAUGACAAAUCACUUAAAUACAGAAGAUUUGGGGACGAAGAACAUAAUAUUUUUAUACGUAGACGAUUUACGCCAUCUACACGACAAAAAUGUAAACUUACCAAAUAUUAAAAAAAUUAUGGAAAAUGGAAUUACAUUUAAAAAUGCAUUUUGUCAGCAAGCUUUAUGCGCUCCGAGCAGAAACUCUCUCCUAACUGGUCGUCGGCCGGACGCCUUACGUCUCUAUGAUUUUUAUAGUUAUUGGCGUCAUGAAGUAAGCAAUUUUACAACACUACCACAACUAUUAAAAGCAAAUGGCUAUCACACAUAUUCCAUUGGUAAAAUUUUUCAUCCGGGCGCAAGUUCGAACUACACCGAUGAUUACCCAUACAGUUGGUCAGAAUUUCCUUAUCAUCCACCAUCUGAAAAAUACAAAGACGCGGCGGUAUGCAGAGAUAGAAUAACAAAACAGUUACAUAGUAAUCUCGUUUGCCCCGUUAAGGUGAAUGAACAACCCGAUAACACUUUACCCGAUUUACAAUCUUUGAAAUUUGCUAUAAAUAUACUAAAGGAAAAUAAAUAUAACCCAUUUUUUCUUGCCAUUGGAUUUCACAAGCCGCAUAUACCUUUAAAAUUUCCAUCACAUUAUUUAGAAAAAAUACCGAAGCGUAAUGUAAAACCGCCAAAGUAUCCCAAAAAGCCAGAUAAUAUGCCAUUAGUUGCUUGGCAUCCGUGGCGUGAUGUUCGUAAAAGAGAUGACAUACGGCAACUUAACAUAUCUUACCCUAUGGGUAUUAUGCCACCAAAAUGGACGAUUAGAAUACGACAAAGCUAUUAUGCUGCCGCUUUGUAUAUCGACAAUUUAAUUGGUAAAUUAAUGAGAUAUGUCAAUAAUAGUAAUACGAUUGUAGUACUAACUAGCGACCAUGGUUGGUCGUUGGGCGAGAAUGGUCUAUGGGCAAAAUACAGUAACUUUGAUGUAGCAUUAAGGGUUCCACUGAUUUUUAAUAUCCCAGAAAUUUCACCAAAUAUUAUUGACACCCCAGUUGAACAAAUUGACGUGUUUCCAACUAUAGCUGAUCUAACUGGAAUUAAAGGAAUACCAAAAUGUAAGAAUACCAGAGACAAAUCAAGACUAUGUUUCGAGGGUAGAAGUCUUCUUCCGAUAAUGGCGGGAAAAAUUCAAAAUGGCGGCUUCGCUAUAAGUCAAUAUCCAAGACCGUCUGUAAAACCACGUAAAAAUUCUGAUUCGCCUCGUUUAAAAGAAAUAAAAAUAAUGGGAUAUAGUAUAAGAACGCAACGAUAUCGUUAUACGGAAUGGAUAUCUUUUAAUAGUACCACUUUCACAAGGAAUUGGAACAAAGUGUACGGAAGUGAAUUAUAUGACAAUUUGUUUGAUCCUGAUGAAUCAAAUAAUGUGUGUAAAGAAGAUAGAUAUAGAUAUAUUAGAAAGAAAUUAUUAAAAAUACUAAGAGAUCAAGUGGAAAAUAAAUAA